GACAAACAUAACUUGUACGCCAAAACGGCAAAACCCACACACAAAAGAGUUGAACAUCAAGAUAAAGAACAACAAAUUAAAGAACAUAAAUCUUCAACGUCCAGAAACCUCUCUUUUUUACUCUACAAUGGCGAUUUCCUUGCCAUCCGCAACUAUGUCAUCCCUAACCUCCGACCAAUCCUGCAAUUUCAUUUGCUCGAGAACUACAACAACAAGUUGUUCAUUAUCCAAGUCUUCUUCUCUUUCCUUGUCUUCUCUGCAACUCCAGUUUCCAUGGCAGCUUCGUCGUCAGUUUCGUAUUCGCAAUUCUCGCUCGAUUUCUCAUCAACGUUCUCGUAUUCUUCCUCUGGUUAAAGCAAAGCAGCAGACUUUUUCUUCCUUCGAUGAGUUGAUCGCCAACUCCGAGAAACCGGUUUUAGUUGACUUCUACGCAACAUGGUGUGGUCCUUGUCAAUUCAUGGUUCCUAUUCUUGAACAAGUGAAUGCCGCUUUGAAAGACAAAAUUCAGGUGGUUAAAAUUGAUACGGAGAAAUACCCAGAAAUCGCUGGCAAGUACAAAAUCGAGGCAUUGCCUACAUUCAUCCUAUUCAAAGAUGGGAAACCUUGUGAUCGAUUUGAAGGUGCAGUGGCUGCAGAUAAGCUAACCCAACGCAUUGAGACUUCUUUGGCAGUGAAAUCAUAACUGAGAUAUAUGAUGAUUCUUUGGCAGCUUUGUAUUGCAUUUUGGCCUUCUAGGAAAGUAAGCAAUCAAUAGUGGAAAUUAAAUCGAACUUCCAAAGAAACAUAAUUUGUAUCCUAUUAUGUAACCAUGAACCAGAUUAGAUAUUUUUGUCGGGUUUAUGUACAAAUUGAAGAAUAUCAUAUGAAUAUCAUAAAAUCCAAGGGAAUGCUUAUUAUUUAUGUUA